GAGAAAAAGCGCUGCCUGUUAAGCUUUUCAGCAUAACCGGGCGUAGCGUAUCAUUGCGGUGCAAUUUUCGCGGUCGUAAUUUACAUAAAUCGUGUCGGAUAGUAACAAUUUAAUAAGGAUUUUGUCUAAACAUGGGUGUGGACGUUGAAACUAUUACGCCCGGCGACGAGGCAACCUACCCAAAAAAAGGGCAAACCGUCGUUGUCCAUUACACAGGCACGCUGACGAACGGGCAAAAAUUCGACUCAUCCCGUGACAGGGGAAAGCCUUUCAAGUUCAAGAUCGGAAAGGGCGAAGUCAUCAAAGGCUGGGAUCAAGGUGUCGCUAAGAUGUCCGUUGGCGAGCGUGCUAAGCUGACCUGCACACCUGACUUUGCAUAUGGCCAGCAAGGUCACCCAGGAGUCAUCCCACCAAACUCCACCCUCAUCUUCGAUGUUGAACUCAUCCGUCUUGAAUAAACAUUCAUCAAAUCUACAUGCACUAGAUUUAGUUUCAUUAACUAAUUGUUCACAAAUAAGGUUUUAAGCAUUACCUUCUAGUGUUCAAAGUCAUUACAUAAGGUGAAUUUUUAAUUUAAGGGGUUUUCUUGCAAUCUAUAAAGACUUUGAUAUAUUUCUUUUAUGAAAUGUCUAUUUAUAAAUUUUAAUACAGUGUAUUUGAUUCAACAAUAAACUUAAGUGCAACACAUUCCGUGAGCAUUUCAAAGUCAAUUAUACCUAUAUAUUUUAUGUACUCUCAAUAAAUUUUGCAUAUUAAUUAUAAGCACAUGAUCAAACCGUCUUUGAUGAUCAAAGAUUUUUUUACUUGUAGUCCGGUACAUACUUCAAAAGCUUUAUUAUAUGUACUCUAAGAAUAAACAUCAUCUAACACA